AUGUAUCCGUUCGCAUUCGCGGUCGGUGUGUGGUGCAUCGUUACAAUCGUGGGAGAAUUCAACGAUGCGGAAGUGGCGCUCGAAUAUUUACGGAAAUAUGGCUAUCUUAAAACCGACACGUUGUCAAUGUCAUCGAGAAAUAUGGAACAAGUCUUACGUCACGCUCUCGGAUUAUUUCAAGAAUAUUAUCAAAUAUCCGGACAAGGUGAACUGAAUAAAAUCACAUUGGACAAAAUGCGCGAAUCGCGAUGCGGCCUCCCAGACCUUUUGGAUCAGACGGAUCGAAGCAGAAACAAUAUCUGGCCGAAGAAACAUCUCACGUGGAAUUUUCAUCUCGCCGACAACGAAACUAUGAAAGUGACGCAGGCCGCGUUCGAUCUGUGGGUGGCAAAUUCAUCGUUAUAUUUUAAACGCGUAUCUCUGAAUCCCGACAUACUGUUAUCGUAUCGCGAGGGUCUUCACACAAAUAUCGACAAGAAAAUUACUGAUAUGUGCCCGAGUCCUUUAGACGGCCCCGGUGAUGUAGUCGCUCACACAUCCUUUCCCAACGGAGUUGAAGAUUACGUCACGGAGGUGCACGUAGAUAGAGCAGAAUUGUGGCAUAUUCAUAUUAGUAGAAAUCCUCCACGCACGCACAGCCUAUUAUACGUAAUCGCGCAUGAAAUCGGCCACACAUUAGGUUUGCAUCACAGUGAACACCAGGAUUCGAUUAUGUUUGCGACGACGCCCAGUGAAAUAAAGUUUCCCAUUAGAUUGAGCUUAGACGAUAUUCUUCAUAUUCGAUAUCUAUAUGGUUCUAAUUACCAUGGUUCUAUAACUACAACACCGCCCACCACUACAGCUGUUGUAACAACAACAACAACAAAAUACAUCAAUCACGAUCCGUGUGCCCUGCGAGAUUUUGGUAUAAUAUUAAUCAUAAACAACCAACUGUAUAUUGCAUAUGAAAAGUACAUAUGGUCGAUUAAUAUCAACAAAAAUACCUAUGAAAAACCGAUCGUAAUAUCAGAUUAUAUGCAAUUUCUUCCUGACAAUUUCACACACUUAACGGCUGCAUAUCAGAAACCUACGGGCAACCUGAUGAUAUUUGCAGAUAAUUUCAUAUACGUAGUGUCAUAUCUUAGUUACGAAUUGAUUCAGAAACUUUCGUUCAACGAUUUCGGUCUUCCACCUACAGCCAGAAUCAAUACCGCAAUAAACACUAACAAAGGACGGAGUUUCGUUGUGUACAACGAUCACAUACGAGGUCUGUUCAAAAAGUAUCGCGAAUUUUGA